UGGCCGGUUCUUGGAACGGUCUAAUUUCGGAUCCACCCCAAACCGGUCCUUCAGCCCUUCGAAAUUCUCACUCCCAAGUCCAAGCAAGAACCCUCAAAACCCUCGCAAGAUCUCUGCUUUUCGCCCCAAACGAUCAAACUCAGAGGAGCAAAGAGCAGAAAAAAAACUGCACCAUAAAGUCGUCGACCAUGGCUUUCGGAGGCUCAGCCGUGGCUCCACCGUCUGCAGUGGCAGCGGCGGGAGGACCGUCGGGCACAAGGCAGGUGAAGCUCGAGAGAGAGUGCGAGCUGAGGAUCGAAGUCAGUCCCGACUCACCUCUCCGCCUCCGCAUCCUAGCCGGCACCGCCGAGAUCUUCGGCACCGAAAUCGCCCCUGAAAUCUGGCUCAGUUUCCCUCCAGGCCUCAAAUUUGCAGUUUUUAGUUGGUAUGGAGCCACAAUUGAAAUGGAUGGCGCUACUGAAACUGAUUAUACAGCAGAUGAGACACCUAUGAUUAGCUAUGUAAAUGUACAUGCUGUGCUGGAAGGACGAAGAAAUCGUGCUAAAGCGUCACCUACUGAUUCUGAUCUUUCUCAGGGUCCCAGGGUAAUUGUGGUGGGACCUACAGAUUCUGGAAAAAGUACCUUAUCGAGAAUGCUUCUUAGCUGGGCAGCCAAACAAGGUUGGAAACCUACUUUUGUUGAUUUGGAUAUUGGCCAAGGAUCGAUAACCAUUCCUGGAUGUAUUGCUGCUACCCCAAUUGAAUUACCAAUUGAUCCGGUGGAAGGAAUCCCUCUUGAAAUGCCUCUUGUAUACUUCCAUGGCCACCCAAAUCCUGGUCCGAAUGUAGAUUUGUACAAGGUGCUUGUGAAGGAGCUUGCUCAGAUUUUGGAGAGACAGUUUGCUGGAAAUGCAGAAUCUCGGGCUGCGGGCAUGGUCAUCAAUACCAUGGGAUGGAUAGAGAAUGUUGGUUAUGAGUUGCUUCUUCAUUCAAUUGAUGCUCUGAAGGCAAAUGUUGUUCUAGUUUUGGGUCAGGAGAAACUUUUCAGCAUGCUAAAAGAUGUUUUGAAAAGCAAGCCUAAUGUAGAUGUUGUGAAACUUCAAAAAUCAGGUGGUGUCGUAACCAGGCUGGGGAAUGUCCGUAAGAAGGCAAGGCAUUUUCGGAUAAAGGAAUAUUUUUAUGGCCCUUCAAAUGACUUUUCCCCGCAUUCCAAUACCGCAAAUUUCAGUGAUCUGUCUAUCUAUAGAGUUGGUGGUGGACCACAGGCUCCACGUUCAGCCCUGCCCAUUGGUGCAGAGCCUGCUGCAGACCCUACUAGAUUGGUUCAUGUGACUAUUAGCAAGGACAUGCACCAUGCUGUUCUUGCCGUUUCAUUUGCCAAAGAACCAGAUCAAAUUAUUUCAAGUAAUGUUGCCGGGUUCAUCUGCAUCACUGAAAUAGACUUUGACAGGAAGAAAAUUACAUACCUUGCGCCUUCCGCGGGGGAACUCCCAGGCAGAUUCUUGAUCAUGGGAAGCUUGGCAUGGCUUGAAACCUAGACGGUCAGUUUCAGCUGAAAGCUCAACAUGGUUAAGUUGUUCAGUUAGAUUUAAUUUAUCACCCAACCAAAUAUGUCUAUAUUGUAAUUUCAAUCUUGUACUGACAAUGCUAGAGAUUUAAUGAUGCUAUAGCUUUGUCAUCCUAUUAAUAUAUGAGGUUUUAGUCUUCA